UUCUAUGAUGAAGCUGAAGCUCGGAAAUACACACAUAACUCUCGAAUGAUUGAGAUUCAGUCUCAGAUGUCUGAACGGGCAGUGGAAUUGCUGGGUCUCCCAGACGAUCGUCCAUGUUUUUUGUUGGAUGUUGGUUGUGGCUCUGGCUUAAGUGGUGAUUAUAUCUCUGAGGAAGGGCACUGUUGGGUUGGCAUGGACAUCAGUCCAGCAAUGCUUGACGUAGCCCUGGAGAGAGAAGUGGAGGGAGACCUGAUGCUAGCAGAUAUGGGCCAGGGAAUUCCAUUCCGACCUGGAACAUUUGAUGGCUGUAUCAGUAUUUCUGCAGUUCAGUGGCUCUGUAAUGCCGAUAAGAAAACUCACAGCCCUCCAAAGCGACUGUAUCGAUUCUUCUCAACUCUGUAUACUGCUCUGGCCCGAGGAGCCCGCGCUGUUCUACAGUUAUACCCAGAAAACUCUCAGCAGCUGGAGCUCAUCACCACCCAAGCCAUGAAGGCGGGUUUCACAGGUGGCAUGGUAGUAGACUACCCCAAUAGUACCAAAGCCAAAAAAUACUUUCUCUGUCUCUUUGCUGGCAUAACUGAUGUAUUACCAAAGGGUCUUGGUACAGAGUGCAGUGAAGAAGAGACCACAGAGGCCAAGUUCACCAAGGAAAGGAUCCGGUUUAGAAAUGCCAAAGGGAAGUCAGUGAAGAAGAGUAGAGACUGGGUGUUGGAGAAGAAAGAACGGCGGCGACGACAGGGCAAGAGCGUGAGAACAGACACAAAAUACACAGGUCGAAAGCGGAAACCUCACUUCUGACUUCCUGCUAAUUGGAUUGAAGUCAUUCUUCGAAGUUUUUUGGAGCUAGGCUGUUUGUUGUGGGGUGGAACAGGAAGCAGAUUCAUAAUCUGAACAGAAGCUGCUGAAGACUUCCAGGCUGGCCACAGUCCCUUCUCUGCUCCAGCCCCUUUAAAAAGAACUUCUCACAGAGAAUAUGGGACCCAAACAAUUCACCGUUUCUUUGCUGCCUGACUCUCAGAGCCUCCUUUGGCUUUUGAUGGUUUCAGAUUAAGUUGUGUCGGUUUUACUACUCCAACUCUCAAUUAAAUGAAGUCUGGGAAACGGAUUCUGCAUCAUUGCUAGUUGGUUUAAGCUGCUGCAAGGGGCCCCCCCAAUAGCCCCCAAUGUAUUUUGAGAUUUCCAUGUUGGCUUUUAAAGCUGGAGGAAUGAUAAAAUUGAUAUUGUGUCCUAAAGCUAUUCUGGACCAGAACCAACACAAGCAAAAAUCUGGGUUUAGGAGAUCAAGCAUUUUACCUUCUGUGCCUUAAAAAAGGGUGCUGGUAGACACCAUCUUAUUUUGACCUCUAUGCUGAGCAGAAGCAAAUCAGUUAAGAAACACAGCACUAUUUAAGAUUUUCUAGCUACUGACAUUUAAAAAAGGUAUGUAUUGUAUCAGAAACUAGAAAAUAUCUUGGUAAGUUAGUUACUUGCUAUGGGGUUCUGCUUUCAUUUCCAGGAGUACGAAAAUCUGAAUACUUAUCUGCUGUAAUAAAUGAUCCAAAAGGUGUACAUCUUUAAAAUUAAAUUCUGUAUAACCAGCUCAGAAGUCAUGUAAGUACAGCUUAUCCCCCUCUAUGUUCCGGUUCACAGAAGACUCAAAAGGAUGAAAUAUUUGAUAUAAAUAUUCUUUAUUAUACAUAAAAGUUCAUUCAUAAAAG